UCACAAUAUUUUGUGGCAAUGCAUUUCUAUAAUUUAAUUGUGCUUUGCCUGAUUCAUUUUUUGGAUUUGACACGGAAUGUAAAGGAUCAAUUUACUUUUUGCGUACCUAACUAUAGAGGCUGGUGCUGGAAUAACAAUGCAAGUGGUUGGAGCUACGGAAGAUAGAUGCGGUAUCCGCAUGAGACCAACGAUCAGGUUGUAAAACAAGCCCUAUAAAAAUACUUUACGAUUCAAUAAAAAAAUACAAAUAAUAAUAA